AUGUCGUCCACAGCAACAAUCUACCUCCUCUACAUCACCCCACCCCAUAACCUCUCCAUCCGCACCCUCCCCCUCCCCCCGCCCCCAGCAGCCACCCGCGCAACCUUCCUCGCAGCGCUCGCCGAAGAAACCCACCUCCCCCUCACAGACCGAAACGUAACCCUCUACUGGACCCUCCCCCACGGCGCAGUCCGCAUCGCCGGCGGGCCCUCCCACACCACAACCCUCCUGCCGACCACGAUCCCCGUCAUGACGCCCGUCACGGUCCCGUACGCGACCUGGGCCCUGUCCCCGCAAGCGCUCGUCACGCCCUGGACCGUCGUCUCCCCGCACAGCAGCGGCUACUACUAUCAUUACUGUCAUGACUACCUCGGCGCCACCGUCCAGAGCAGCCUCGUCGCGCGGCCGGCGGUGGGGUUCGGCACCGCGUACGCCGCGGCGCGUGUCGCGGCUGCGGUGCCGGCGACGACGUAUCGCGCCGAGCCGUCGCGGCUCGAGGUCUCGGCCGUUGUGCACGUCGUCGAGCUGCGGCAUGUCUCGGAGGAGCAGUGGCCUGGUUAUAUGAGCUUUGGAGGAGGCGGCCUGCGGUUGUGCGUUCUCGUUGACGUCGAGGGGGCGAGGGCGCGCAGUCCCGUCGUGGCAUUGCGGCAGGAUCAUGAUCUACCUGAUAGGGGCGGGGACCAAGCUCCUCAGGAAACCGCGGCUGAUGCUGAACAAGUGUGA